UUGAUACUGAAGGCCCGUUUAAGUUCGUCUGAUCAUGUCUUGCCACUGCCAGCUCCGGAGCUUGACAUGGCUACUUGAAGACAACCGUUGGUCCGAAAAGAGAUCUAUUCUCUGCACAUAUUAAUAACGGGAAUUCGGCUAAAAAAAACACGAACUUAGCAGAAAUUGCCAAAAGAAACCUGUACUCGAGCCUGGCCAAUAAAACCCUGCAUUUUUGUUGACUUUUAAAGUUUAUUAAGAAACUUACGAUUGACUGACCAUAUUCACACACCGUUAACCGACAGUUACGACAGUGUUAACUAACCGUUAAAUACUGCCGUUUAGUGAAACGACGUCGUUUCAUCCAGUUGUUUUGUUUAAGACAAAAUCUCAAGACGCCGUCGUUUUGUUUGAUAAAAAUUGUUUUUGGUUGGACUCGAACUCCUAAACUCGUGGUCCUUAGGGGGGGGGGGGGGGGUUUGCCACUGAGCUAGUGGACUUUUCGAAAGAUUACCAUACAUAUUUAGUUUUAUUGAUCAAAAUAUGUGGAUGAUCGAUUUGGAGAUUAAUCAAAUCGUAACCCUAAUUUCUCAGAAACUCAAAUCGAUUUGGGGAUUAGUCUCUGUAGAUGGUGAAGACGAAGUUCACAAGGAAUGGAAAGGAGGUAGUGAUUUGGGGAGCGAUGAGGAAUUUCGAUUACGGGAGUGAAGAAGCGGUUCAACAGUCGAAGAAGGGUGGAAAAGGUGGUGAUGAGAGUGCGUCUGAACCUAAGGGAGCAGCGAAGAAGGGUGGAAAAGGUGGUGAUAAGAGUGCGUCUGAACCUAAGGGAGCGGCGAAGAAGGGUGGAAAACGCGGUGCUUCUGUGAGUUUGUCAUCGCCGGAGAGAUCGAGGAAGAGUAAAAGAGUUGAAGGGAUAUCGAUGUUGGCAUCUACAGAGGCGUCGAAGACAAGGCGUGGGACACAAUAUGGGUCGCCUGUGUCAUCUCCGGAGAAGGUUACGAGGCGUGGGACACCAUACGGUGGUUCAACUCCGUCUCCGAGACAAUCGAAGAAGCAGAAGGUUACUGGUGUUCUAACUGUGUCUCCUCCUCCUGGAAACUCGAAGAAUAAGCAGGUAGAUGAAGAAGAAGAAGAAUGUCCCCAGAAGGAGACAAAUGAAGAAGAGGAAUUUGGAAAUAUAGAAAAUGAUGGUAGGCGAGAAUUAGAAGAUGGUCUGCUUGAAUUAGAGAAUGAGAAUGGUAUUGGUGGCAUUGAGGAAGAAAACUGUAGAGAUUUGGGUCUACUGUUUGGUGAUGAAGCAAGAAAUGAUGACUGUGAGGUUGAUGAAGACGAAGGGGAUGAUGAUGCAUGGGAUGAUGAUAAAAUCCCUGAUCCUGUGUCAUCAGAUUAUGAGAAUGAAGAGGAGAUGAUACCUGCGGAAGCUUACAGAGCAGACACUGAUCCAACGGAGCUCCUUCGGCUUGGCAAGACAUUUUCAGAUGCUGAGGACUUCAAACAUACUUGUCUGAGAUAUACACUCAAAACCAGAUACAACAUCAAGUACUACAGAUCCAGUAGCUUGAAGAUGGGUGCAAAAUGUGCUGCUGAAAUGAGAGUUGAUGAGGAUCCAUGUCCCUGGAUGGUCUAUUGUUCUUACGAUAAGAGGAAACAGAAGCUGAUGGUAAAGACAUACGUCAAUGACCAUAAGUGUGAGAAGACAGGGCAGUCGAGGAUACUUAAGAGGUCAGCAAUUGCAAGUCUAUUUACUGAGAGGUUAAGGCUGAAUCCUAAGAUCACAGCGAAGGAGAUACAGGCUGAGAUCUUGAGGGAGUAUAAGAUGGAAGUCAAGGAAAACUCGUGCAUUAAGGCCAAGACGAAGUUGAUGAGAGAAAGGAGGAAGACACAUGAGGAGCAUUUUGAUAAAAUCUGGGAUUACCAAGCAGAGAUCUUCAGGAGUAAUUCUAGAUCAACCAUUGACAUUGAGACCAUACCAGGAGCCACAGUUGGAAGCAAGCAGAGGUUCUAUAGGCUCUACAUGUGUUUCCAAGCACAAAAAGAAGCAUGGAAGAAGACUUGUAGGCCAGUUAUUGGCUUAGAUGGAGCUUUUUUGAAAUGGGACAUCAAGGGACAGUUGUUGGCUGCUGUCGGAAGAGAUGGAGACAAUAGGAUUGUCCCUAUUGCUUGGGCUGUAGUGGAGAUAGAGAAUGAUACAAACUGGGAUUGGUUUGUGAAGCGUUUGGUCUUGGAUUUGGGAUUGGAAGAUGGGAAAGGAUUUGUUAUCAUGUCUGACAAACAAAAGGUAAACACUUUGCUUUCUUGUUUGAUUCUGUGAAUGUUUGAUUCUAGUUUCUAAUUUUUUUUGUUUCUGAUCUUGUAGGGAUUAGUGAAGGCAGUUCAUACCCUCCUUCCAGAAGCUGAGCAUCGGCAGUGUUGUCGACAUAUAUACGAAAACUGGAGAAAAGGUGGAAAAGAUCUAAUGUUACAGAGGUUCUUCUGGUUGAUUGCAAGGAGCUACACUCCUGGUAUGUUCAACUACCACAUGGCUGAGCUUAAGACCUAUGAUUCCGGUGCACAUGCAUCUCUGAUAAAGACGAAGCCAGAGACUUGGUCUAGAGCUUUCUUCAAGAUAGGCUCCUACUGCAAUGAUAAUCUGAACAACUUGUGUGAGUCCUUCAACAAGACCAUCAGGGAGGCUAGGAAGAAGCCUCUGCUCGACAUGUUAGAGGAGAUAAGGCGCCAAUGUAUGACUAGGAUCUACAAUAGGUCUAAGAUGGCUACCGACAGGAAGACUAGGUUCACCAUGAAGACACAUAAAGCGUUAGACAUAGUUGAGAAGAAGUCCAAAGAGUGUAUACUGCGUUGGGCAAUUGGGCCAGAGACUGAGGUGGAGCAUGAAGACCAGUCAUAUGUUGUGAGUUUGGAGAAAGAGACUUGUGCAUGUCGAAGCUGGCAAAUGAAUGGUAUUCCAUGCAUCCAUGCUGCUAAGGUCAUCCUUGGUGCGAAAAGAAAGCUUUCUGAAUUUGUUGCUCCUUGCUACACAACUUCUAGGUGGCGUGAAACGUACAGUUAUGGGAUCAGUCCGGUAAAUGGGAUGAUAGAGUGGCCUCAGACCAAUAGAUUAGGUGUGAUUCCACCACCUAAUCGAAAGGGAAAUCCUGGUAGGCCUAGGAACCAUGAUAGAAAGAAGGGAGCUAAUGAGAAUGUGUCUACCACCAAGCUGAGCCGUGUGAACAGAGUUAUGACAUGCUCUAAUUGCAAAGAAGAAGGCCACUACAAAAAUACAUGUCGGAAUGCUUCUGUUGAGAGUCCAGCUAAGAAACCGAGAGGCAGACCAAGGAAAAAUCAGGGACUACAUUUUGAAGACUCACAAGCUGAAGCCUCACAAGCUCACUCGUCACAAGCUCACUCGUCACAAGCUCAAGCAUCACCAUGGGAAAUUCCACAAUCUUCACAAGCUUCACAAGGUCAAGCAUCACAGACAGGAGCGUGGGGAAGAUGGUUUUAGAUCAAUUUAAAUGCUUUUGGAACAAGAACUACUCUUUUGUUUAUCUAUGUUUAAAUGCUUAUGUUUACUCUUGUGCUUUUGGAACAAGAUGGUGUCUCUCUCGGAAUGCUUUUGUAUGAUGGUUUACUCUAUGCUUUUGUAACAAGAUGGUGUCUUUUUGGUGUGUU